AUGUCUGUAUCAGCUUCAAAAGCCAAGAGAGAACAAAAGCGUAUGGAAAGAGAGGCCAAGAAAGCCGCCGAAGGGAAAAGUCUCAAAAAGACUAAAAGACAAGCUGAGAAGGAUGCAGCUGAAGAUGACGUAGCAGACGCCAGUGAAGAAGUCGCCAAGUUGAAGUUGCAAACUGAUGAACAUGGAUUGUCGGAUAGAGUCACCACUGGUGUUUUAGACUCUUUGAAAACGUCAAGAGAUAUUAAAUUGUCAUCUGUAUCACUUUUGUUCCAUGGUAAAGUUUUGAUCCAGGAUUCGACUUUGGAAUUGAACUAUGGCCGUAGAUAUGGUUUGUUGGGUGAAAAUGGAUGUGGUAAGUCCACUUUGUUGAAGUCUAUUGCAGCAAGAGAGUUUCCCAUUCCUGAGCACAUUGAUAUUUAUUUGUUGAAUGAACCUGCAGAACCAACUGAUUUCUCGGCAUUGGAAUAUGUCGUUAGGGAAGCAGAACACGAAUUGAAGAGAUUGGAGGACUUGGUUGAGGAUUUGAUUGUCAAGGAAGGUCCUGAAUGUCCUGCUUUGGAAGGUAUAUACGAAAAGAUUGAUGAGAUGGACCCAUCAACCUUCGAGUCUAGAGCUGCCAUCAUUUUGACAGGUUUGGGUUUCAAUGCCGUCACUAUCAAAAAGAGAACAAGAGAUAUGUCUGGUGGUUGGAGAAUGCGUGUUGCAUUGGCCAAAGCCUUGUUUGUCAAGCCAACGCUUUUGUUGUUGGAUGACCCAACUGCCCACUUGGAUUUGGCUGCUUGUGUCUGGUUGGAAGAAUAUAUGAAGAGAUUCGACAGGACCCUUAUAUUGGUGUCGCACUCUCAAGAUUUCCUUAAUGGUGUCUGUACCAACAUGAUUGAUAUGAGAAUGAAGCAAUUGCAACUUUACGGUGGUAACUACGACUCAUACGUUAAAACUAGAUCUGAAUUGGAAACCAACCAAAUGAAACAAUACAACAAACAACAAGAAGAAAUUGCCCACAUCAAGAAGUUCAUUGCUUCUGCUGGUACUUAUGCAAACUUGGUCAGACAAGCUAAAUCAAGACAAAAGAUUUUGGACAAGAUGGAAGCCGAUGGGUUGAUUCAACCAGUUGUUCCCGAUAAAGUUUUUACAUUCAGAUUCCCCGAUGUCGAAAAAUUGCCACCACCAGUGUUGGCCUUUGACGACAUGUCAUUUUCAUAUUCCGGCAAAGAUGAAGACAACCUUUACGAACACUUGGACAUUGGUAUCGAUAUGGACUCAAGGGUUGCUCUCGUUGGACCAAAUGGUGUUGGUAAAUCAACUUUGCUCAACUUGUUUCAAGGUAAAUUGACUCCUCAAAAGGGUAGAGUCAUCAAACAUACCCACAUCAAAUUGGGAGUCUACUCACAACAUUCAGCUGACCAAUUGGACUUGACAAAGACACCCUUGGAAUUUGUCCGCGACAAAUUUGCUUCUAUCUCACAAGACUACCAGUACUGGAGAGGACAGUUGGGCCGUUAUGGUUUGAGCGGAGAAGCACAAACUGCCCAAAUGGCCACACUUUCCGAAGGACAAAGAUCGCGUGUCGUUUUUGCAUUGUUGGCUUUGGAAGCACCAAAUUUGAUUUUGUUGGAUGAACCUACAAACGGUUUGGAUUUAUCUACUAUCGAUUCCUUGGCUGAUGCCAUUAACGCUUUUAAUGGUGGUGUCGUUGUUGUGUCACACGAUUUCAGGUUGCUUGAUAAGGUUGCUAAGGACAUUUUCGUUAUUGAGAACAAAACUGCAACUAGAUGGGAUGGUUCCAUCUUGGACUAUAAGAAAUCAUUGGCUGACAAGGUUGUUCUUUAA